GUUCCCGGUGAGGGGAAGACAGGUGAGCCUGGCAUGGCUGGACCCAUCGGCCCCCCGGGAAUGCCGGGCCCCUCUGGCAUC